UACAUUUAAUAUGUUUUUUUAUUUUAUUUUGUUUUCAUGCAAUUUAUUUUUGGUGACCGGCAGUAUAGAGUUUUUUCUUUUAAUCUUUAGUUAUCUUCUUAAUAGGAAAUGAUUCUUUUAUAGCAUUAUACUUAAGGAAUUGUACCUCAAGGAAUUGAAUUAUGUCAAUAAGAUCAAUUUUAACUGAAAUAUUUUGUAAAUGUAGGAAAAUUUCAACAUGGUUCGGCUUCUCAUUGUGGUGGCAGCAGCAACAUGGUUUAUUUGCUUGGCUUUUGUUUCUGGAUCUGCCAGAGUAUUACCCUUAACAAAGAGCUACUCCAAUGUGACCUUUUACGUAGACAGCAAGGAUCCUUAUACCUACAGGCUCUUUAUCCAGCAGUUACGCGAUCUUCUGGCAGAAGAUGGCAGUGUUAGCCAUUCUAUACCAGUGUUGCCCACUAAUGUGCCUGCCACUAGUGACAGGAGGUUUGUUCUGGUCAUACUGGAAGAAGUGGGCAACUACACAAAUCUAGCAUUAGAUGUAAUUUCCGCAAAUAUUGUUGGGUUUAGUGCUGAAAGAUAUUCCUACUUCUUUAAAGAUGUUCCCGAUGAUAUAUAUGCAUCUCCACUUUUCCUCGGCACACAUAAAACCAGGCUUCCAUUUGGUGGUAGCUAUGGGAGUUUGGAGGAUGAAGGAGCAUAUAGGGAGAGUACAACACUGGGAAGUGGCCCAUUCAACGAUGCAGCCACGCAGCUCUAUGCUUAUCAUUGGGACAACACAAUAGACAUUGCUCCUUCUCUUCUAGUUGCUAUCCAGAUGAUUUCAGAGGCGGCACGAUUCACAUAUAUCGAGCAAGAAUUGUUCGAUAUCUAUGUAGCAGGGCUUGUUCCGAAAUGUGACAUACUCAGCCUACAGGAUAACUGGAGUACCCUUUCUAAUGCAAUCCAGACAUCUGUAGAUGGAGACUUUCCCCCGGUGCAGUUGCAAGAUGAUGCAUGUAACACAUUCAAUGUGACAAAUGUUGAAGAAUUAGCACCAAUGAUGGGAAUCUUAUUGGGCAUGACUACCCCUGAUAAUAAACAAUCAAUGGAUUGGCCAUCCAAGGGAGAUCGUCUCAUCAAGAUGCUGUCAUCAGUUUUUUGAUGAUUUGAUUCCUUGUGUUUUUAUGGGUAAAACUUGCAGCUUAUUUGCAGUUAGUUCUUAAACUAAAGGACAUCAAAUUAUUUGGUGUCCAACAGUAAAACUAUGCAAUAAUGAUGUCUAGCUGUAUUGUUACAAGUUUCCCUGUGUAUGAUCAUCAAAGAUCAGUAACUAAAUAAUGUGAUGAGUAAAACUUUGAUCCUCAAGAUUAA